UACUCGUCCUCAGUACUGUGUAGACCUCUUGUUUCAUUUGACGGACUUUUGUGUCGAGUGGCCACCAUCCAAAAAUCCUUCAGAGGUGUUCAAUUUUGUUAUUGUUAUUAAUUUUUCAUACCACCACACAUUUUUCUUCUUUUCCUAUCCAACGCGCCAUUGUACAUCGAACCCUUCUUACUGUGAGGAGUCAAAAAAAAAGUGUCUCAUCCUCUCUCCUUUCCAUCCACAUAUAUAUUUUUUUUCAACAUCCCCGUGAACGAUUUUGCGAGUCUCCCACUCAAAAGGAUCUACUCCAUGACCAUUUGAUCAGUUUUUUGUUGUUAUGGGUGAAAUGAAAAAUAAACCAAUCUCACAGUGAUGAGGACUUUUCAGUGAAGGAGAUGAAGGAUUAUAUCAAUUGAAAGUCCUUAUUAUUUUUAUUUUCGAAGCAGUGAAUAAAAAUUACGUGAGGAAUUGCCAAGACAAUCGUGAGAAUUUAUUCGAAAAGAAAAAAAAAGGAAUUACAAACAGCAACUAUACAAAGCAAAAUAGCAUUAUAUAUAGUAGAGAAUUAUAUAUAAAAGGAACAAAUAAGUGAAUUUUCAAGCAGUGUGAUCCUUGUGCGAAACCCCCACCCCAAUGGUAACAAUCAUCACCCUGCUGCCGAAAGCAAUGUGGAAUUAACAACCGCACCCUAUACACUCUGCCCCCAAUGGAUACAAAUUCGUGAAAAAAAGAAGAAACCCUUAAAAGUGUUAACAAAGAGAGUGGAACGCGGGAAAAAGGAUAUUCUUGUAUAGUGAGUUUAUUUUUCUUUGUGUAAAUACAUAGCAAAGUGAUUGCGUGCACACGCACGAAAGUGGCAACGUCCGUGACGCAUGUCCACUACACUGGGCACCACAAAUUCUGGAGCCUUUCCAGAGGAUCCCGACCAGGAACAUGGGCUCCUGCCCGAUCUAAAUGGUGUGGACUUGGUUAUGAGCUUGUCGCCCAAGCACAAUCACCAUCACAGUCUCACGAGUCUCCAGCAUUUGCAAUCACUGCAACACAAUUCACUCCACAGUCACUCAACACCCUUCUCAGUCACGGACAUUCUUAGCCCAAUUGAGGAGUCCUACAGGAAGUUAGAACUUAGUGCUAACCCGCCUUCACCUUACAGCGGCAGCAGCGUCAAUUCGCCGAGUGCUCUGGGGCCAAGUACGGGGAUGGCAAAUCCCUACGCCAUGGGGCCUUUGUACCACAGUCCGGGUGUCCAGAGCUACUGCACGCCGGCGGAUAAUCUCUCCCUUGCCGGUCACUACACCGACAUGCGGAGUUCCGCCGGCUGGUACGGAUCCACCGCCAAUGAUCCCCGGUUUGCAAUCUCAAGACUAAUGGGUGGCUCAGCGGGCGGUUCAAUGGGACACGCAAUGAGCAACAUGGGAAGUUUGGCGGCUUGCAGUGUGUCUGACACAAAGCCAAUGCAAUUCCCUCUGGCACAGCGACGAAAAAGGAGAGUCCUUUUCACACAGGCACAGGUCUACGAGCUAGAACGACGUUUCAAGCAGCAGAAAUACCUUUCAGCUCCUGAACGAGAGCACCUAGCCAGUUUGAUUCAUCUCACGCCAACACAGGUGAAAAUUUGGUUUCAGAACCACAGGUACAAGUGCAAGAGGCAGGCAAAGGAGAAAGCAAUGGCCGAGCAAAAUCAGCACAAUCAGUCUGCAAGUUCACCACGACGAGUAGCCGUUCCCGUGUUGGUUAAAGACGGCAAACCCUGCUCUGGGAACUCCAACAGUAAUCAACAGCAACAGCAGCAACAGCAGCAGGUGGCAGGCGGUAAUACUACCGUCUCCAGCGGCAGUAACUUGGUUACGGGUGAGUCAGCAAAUGCCCACUCCCCAGAUACCUCUGCUGCCCUCCUGAGCUCCUACAAUGGUGCCCAGCAUGCACAGAUGUUGCAGCAACCCUGCAACAAUGCCCUCAUGUCCAACAGCCUGGCCAUGGCGUAUCGCAACCAGAACAACUUCAUGAGUAACAGCCAUCAGCAGCAGUGCAGUAGCUACCUACCGCUUCAAGGACGAGCCUGGUAAUAGUAAGUCUCCAUCACCACACAAUUCCCAUCAAUCUGUUCCCACGCAUUUACAAUGGGGGAUCAGAUAAUUCAAAAUUAUAGGACAAAGUUGAGGGAGAUUCUAUUAAAGUGUUUAAGACGUCUGCAAACUUGAUAGUUAAAUGCAGAUGAGAAAAAAUAUAGUCAGUGCUUAAUCGCGGAUUGUUGUAGGUAAAGUUUGUACACAAAUCCUCGAAAGCUGCCGCGAAAGCUACCCCGAAAGCUCCCCCAGUUCUUGUAUAUAAAAGAAAGUAAUAAGAAUAAUUUUCUUUAAAGAAAAAAAUAAUCAGGAAGAAAAUUUCAAGAGUUUGACAAAAGGGAAAAGAUUAAGGAUUUCUUAAAGAUGUUUUUGGGUUUAUUUUAAUCUGUUUCAUUGAGGAAAAUCUUUAGUAAAAAUACAUGAGAAAAUAUCCGGAACUUUACCAAAUUUCUAGUGAAAAAUUUAGCAUCAAAAAAUUCUUUAAAAUUUCUUGCACAAAAAUAAGAACGUCAAUUUUUUUUUAGAAUUCCUAAAAAUCAUUUCCCUUUGUCUCCUCUGAAAUAAACUUAAUCUUCCUUGAUAGAAAUUCACAUUUCCAUUCCAAAGGACAUUCCAAGAGAGAGAUUCCACAAUAUAUUUAAAGUAUUUUUAAAUAUUUACACAAAAGUGAAUUGAAAUUCUCUCCCAAGGUCGCUGAGGAAUUUCUGUGACCACACAGAAUUGACGAUUUUUUCUUCAUGUUGAGAAGAGAAAUCCUCGAAAAGCAUCCCCAUCAAACGGAAAGUUGUCUCAAAUUUCAUUUUGAAGAGAUCCUCAAUGCUCUUGUGUGGUCAUCCUACUCCUUUCCUUCAUCUCCUUUUUUUUAUUCAACCACAACGCAUCUCUGUGUGGAAGAUGCCAUAGAGAAAUUGACCACCUUUUUGACUUUCUCGAUGAAAAAUUCUUUUCUAUGUUGGGAAAGCAACAACCCUCACAGAACAGAUUGACUUCUUUGCCAUGGCCAAAGUUGACAGGCAUCACGGGAUGAAAAAAAAAAUCCCGUCAAGGAAGCUUCAAUGCUUCUUCUAUUUACACAUCAUCUAUCUAUGGAGAUUUUGAGGGAUUUUCCUCACCAUUGACGUACUUAAAAGGCUUUUAAAAUUAUCUUGUUGUGUACACAACGAGAUGAACACCACACACGGAGGAUCCUUUUGGCAUAGUUCUUCCUUUCUUUUCGCAUAACCCGCAAAUUUGCCAUCUCUGCCCAUUGAGCCUUCUUUUUUUUGCACUACCUACCUACCCCUAUUCUCCCACUAAUUUCGCAAUUUUUCAUUCUUCUGUGGCUUUGAGAGAGAGCCAGCCAACAUACAGAAAAAACUCCAGGAGCAGCAAAAAAGAGAGAAAUGUACAAAGGAAGAAGAUUUCUUUUUUUAGCAAAGAGGAAAAAAAGGAUGAAUUGGCAGGUACAUUUGAAAAGAAAUGAGAUAAAAAUUAAGUAAAUUAUACUUUAUGAUGAAAAAAAUGUAGAGAAAAGUGAAUAUUCAGCAAAAAUGGAAACAGGUGUGAUUUGUUGGAGGAGAACAGAACAAAAUGGGAGGACAUGAGAAACAAAUACAUCGAGAAUGCAAUAAAAGAUUAAUUAAAUUUUUAUGAAUCUUUCAUUUUGAAAAGAAAAAAUCAUAAAGAAAUGAAUAUUCGAAAAAGAAAACGAAAAUCUUAAAAUUUGCAGUGCUGUUGAAUUAAUUUAAAAAGCAAUGAUUUAAAGGAUUAUAUUUCUUCCCUAAUUUAAAACUAAAUUUCAAAUCAAAUAUUAAAUUUUUUUCUAUUGCUUUUAAACAUGGUAUGUAAAUUCAAAUAAAUUUUUGAAUUUUAAGGCAAUAAAACUAAAAGAUAUUGGGCCUAAUUCUGUGGCCAAGAAACCUUUGAAAUUUUAAGAAUUUAUUCUGAACUUUCAAGGAUUUCUUAGUCACAGAAUACAACCCAUUUUGAUUAGCCCUCAAAGUUUAGCAGCACUGCCUUUUCAAUCGCAGAUAUAGAACAAAAUUUCCCGUAAGUACUCGUGAUCUAAAAGCCCACAAUUGAGUACCUAAACAUACAUAUAUAGGUAUUGAAAAGCUUCGAAGGAGUGCGGAAAAGAGAGCGAAAAAAAAGGAGACGAAAGUACCUUUCAUUGAGCACUUAAAUGCUUUUCAUCAAUUAAUUAAAGAGAGCAAGUAAAAGUAUAUAAGAAAUCUUUAGUUGAAGUGUAUUUUGACAAGUACCCUGUAAAUAGUGUAAUUAACCCAGAUGACCCUUUAAGUAAUAAGUCGUUCGUUCAAUAGGCAUUUUAAUGAAAACAAAAAAAAAACUAAUAAUGUAAUUAUUAGUAUAAUGUAUGAGAAUUUGAAAGAAUUUUCUGUGUAAUGUAUAAAAUAAAUGGAAAAAGCAACAACAAAAUAAAACAUAAAAAGAAAUUGAGGAGGAAUUUUUGAAGAAUUUGAGCAGGGUAUUAAAUAAGUUUAAAUUGUAAUUCUCAAACCAUAGGAAACUCCGUGGAAUGAGUUUUCUCAUAAUAACUUCUUGUGCAGAAGAGGGAUUGCUGGAAAUUUACAAAAAAAAGGAAAUUGAUGCUAAAAAAAACAAAUUCCAUGAAGAAAAUUGAAGAAAUUGUGUGACGUGAUAAAAAUAUUAUUAUUAAAUUUAAAUACUUAAAUAUAUAAUUUUCAAACCAGCAUUUUUUUCUCCCCCCGAAAUGCCCUCGUAAUUUAAAUGAAAAGAAAAAUCUUUAACAAGAAAUUAGUCUGUAAAUAAGAAAACUCUGUGUAUGGGAGAUGGAAGGUUGAAUUGAAAGUAAAAAAAAAGACAAGAAAAUUGCAUCUCAUAUAAAAUGAUUAUAUAAAAUGAAUUUAAAAAGGAAGUAAUAAAGAAUUAGUUUACAUUAUAAUGAAUGAAUUGUACUACAAUUGGUGUAUUUUACAGCAAAAAAAAACGUAAAAAAAAGAGGAGAAAAGUGAAUAAAUAGCAAAUACUGAUGA